AUGUCAAUAUGGGCACUAGGAAGCGCCGAUGUUACGGAAGAAACUCAAGCCUUCAAGGACAAGCUAUCCAGCAAAGAUAGCCAGAUAGCCGCUCAGGAAACGCAACUUUACAAACAAGCCCUUGAAUUUGAAGAGUUGAAGCUUUCUUUAAAUGAAGCUUUACACAAAUUGAAUUUUGAGACACAGCGGGCGUUGCAACUCGAGAACGAACUCAACCAACGGUCUGAAGACCUCCGUGAAGAGAAGAUUGCGGUGCAGAACACUCAGGCGGCUCUUGUCGUCGCCGAUGGGAAGGUCAAGGCCAAAGAUCUAGAAAUGAGGGAACUCCAAGCCACUUUGGAAUCUCUAUCUUAUACGUCAGACGAGCAUCAGGCUCGAUGCGCCAACCUGGGUCGAGAGAAAAAAAGCCUGGAAAUGCGAGUUCGAGAGCUCGAAGCCAACAUCCGUCAACUUGAUAUCCCUCCGGUAACUCCACGACAGCUUAUUUCACGCCCCCGAUCAUCAUCUCUUUCCAACUUCCGAAUCACAUCGCUCGAGCAAGACCUACGCGAUGCUCGAAUUUCUUUCUCUCAGAAAGAGUCAGAGCUCCUCUGUGCCAACCAGAAGCUUUCUCAAGUGCAGAAUGAGCUCAUGAGAGUCGACAAUGAAAAGAGGGCAAUGGAAAAAAACAUGAGUGUGCAGCUCAAACAGCUUCAGGGUUCUUUGGAGGAGAAAGAGGAAGAGCUAGCACUCUUGAGGGAACAGCAGGGGGACGGCGGCAGAGAGGAAGAAUUAUUGAAGAGGAUAGACGAGGACGACGCCAAGAUAACUGCACUUGAAGCAAUGCUGAGGGGUGUGCAAGAUUUUAUGCCACUGAAAGAAUUAUUGCGCGACACCGAAUUACAACUUAAGAAGGAGCGACACAAAGUGGAGGAGAGCCUCGAACGAGAAAUUACUUUGAUUCAAGAAAAAGAGGACGCGCUUAACGACCUCGAUGAUGUGCGCCGCAAACUUUCGCGAGUUGAGCAGCUCCUAAGCGGAUCUGACAAUAAUGACUGGAAAGAUCAGGCUAUCCCGUCCUACGACACAAACGAUGGUACUUCUGGCAUCCAUAGUUCCCCUUUCCUUGAAACAAGUCUAUCAAAUCCUUCUGCGGACCAAUCCGCACUUGUGCCUCAGCCCAAUUAUGACGAAGCCACAGUCAUCUACGUUGAGCGGCUUCUGUGUGCGGUUGACCGGUUACGGGGAGAGAGAGAUAACUUACGGCGAGAUAUACAAUUUUUGGAAUCUGAAUCCAGGUUUACUAUUGAAGCCCUGGAAGCCAAAUUGUCGGCGUCAGUUUCUUCGGUCUGCGACGAAUCUGUCACAACCAUUGCACAAAUGAAAGCUGAGAUGGAUGACUUAUACGCUCAGCUUUCGGAGAUGAACCAACGUCAAUUUGCUGCCCUUGGCCGCAAGAAUGAGGAGAUGAAGCGACUCGCGUUGGCUGCGACAUCAUCCUUAUUGAUCGUUGCACAUCUAUCUUCCUGCAAUGAUCAUCUCCAAGGCAGGCUUGACGAAGCCCGGACCGUUGCCACAAACUCAGAGCAGGGACUUAUACAUGCUGGUGAAGCAUGUUUUGAAGGCAAAACACGAUUCAAGGAGCUGGAAAACAAGUUUCAUGCCGUAGUCCUAUGCCUGGAGGCUAUGACUAGACAACGCGAUGAUCUCCAGGCCGAAUUAGAGACGAAGGAUCGCGCGUGGAAAGAAGAGUUUGGGGCUGUCGAGCUUGCUCAGCAAGAACGUAGUGACAAACUUGAAGAGGUUGUCUGCCAGCUGACAGACUUCACGCAGCAACUCGAGGAUGUCGAAUCGGAGAGAGAUUCACUCACACUACAAGUAACGAAUUUAAUGACGGACCUCGCCACCGCCCAGCAAGAAUUAGCUAAUGCCGAAAGUCGCUAUAGUUCCCUUCAAUUCCACCAAUUAUCUACCAUGACGUCUAAUGAAGCCAAUCGUGCCCUGCGUGACCAGAUUGAAGAGCUGGAAAUGCGGGUGAUGAGAAGGACAGAGCAAAUUGGCGUCCAUCAACACGAUAUCCGACGACUUGAAACCAACCUUCGCCUUCAAGAAGAACGUUUAGCUGAGAUGACCAUGGAAUUGGAAAUGCUCGCGGCACAGAAGGAUGCAAUGGUGGAGGACUGCGCAGACGCUCGAGAAGCUCGAGAUCGAGCCCUUUCCCAAGGUGAAGCUUUGGAAGAGGAGAUGGAAAAUAUGGAGGUCAGGUUACAGGAAGAAGAAGACUCCGUCCGGCUUUUGAUUGGAGUAGUUUUCGAAACUGUCAGCAAGGCUAGGCAGACCAUCCUGCGCGCUGAAACAAGAGAUAGGGACUUCGAAGAUGAUCAGAGGCAACUGACGAUCGCCCUGGCCGUCUCUCAAGUAGAGCAAGGCGGAGUUGCAGACUAUAUUGAACAAAUUCGACAUGAAAAUGCCCAGCUAAAUAUGUGGGCCACGAAUCUGGAAGACCAACUACGAAUAAAAGACGGCGCCGUGUCAUCUUUAUCGUCUGACCUUAACCUUGCCAUCCAGGACUCGUCUAGGUUUGCGUCGGAGUUCGCCGUCAGGUCAUCUGAGCUCGAGGCUGAGAUAUGUCGGCUCCAAACCAUCAUUUCUACGCAAGAAAAGGGCCAUCAGGCGGCGUUGAGUGAUCUUCAUAAUCAUCACGAGGAUGUCCAGAAGCGCAUGCAAGAAGGAGAGUCUCCAAACAAUAAUGGAGAUUCGAGCUCCCAGCAACAAGCCAACGAAAUUGUAGCGCUGCAAUCACGCCUCGCCGAUGCCAAUAUGGCAUUGACUGAGCUACGAUCUAUAAAACGCUCGUCUGGGAGCAAUGAUCAAAAGGCGAUUCUAGAGGCAACGAACGGACGAUCGCAACACGAGACACAAAUUGAGGCCACGCAGGACAAGCCGCUCGCCAUUCCUGAGAGAGAAGAGGGAUUCAAAGAGCAUUAUGAAGAGAUAUGCUCAUCAUUACGAAUUGAAUUGGAGCAGAUGGCGCGGAAAGCUACUGACUUACAGGAAAUCCAGCUUAAGCUCCAGUUGGAAAACGAACGAGUUUGUGCCCAGCUUACUCUCGUCCAACAAGAGAAUAUCGCCGCCGCCGUACAGGCUCAAGAUCGGCUCUCCUUGACUUUAACGCAGCUGGAGGCCCAGAAAGCGCAACUGCAAGAACAGCUCGAGGAAGCUACAUACCAGCUCGAGAAGUCCACUCAACAGACCGCACAGCUCUCACAACAGCUACGAGACGACAGAGACAAAACCAACCUAGACCGAGAGCAAUACUCAGCUCAAAUGCUGGUGGUGACUGAGCGUCAGCAAAAGGCGGACGCCGAGCUCUUGCGCGCUCACGAGGACCUCGAAAUCCUCAACGAGAAACUUGCACAAGCUGAGAUGCAUUGCAGUCUUCCUGGAGCAGAUAACAACAAUGAAGGCAGAAAUUCAGCGGCUGCUUUCAUUGACUCGAUUUCUGGAAAAUCAGGUCAAGGAGAGUCACGACCAAACCUUGAACACGUUGUCGCAGAGUUGGAGGAUCACAACAAUGAAAUGGAAGAGUUGUUAAGGAGCAAAUGUGCGGAGAUAGAGGAGAAUGACGAUCGCUCGCUCGAUGCAAAACCUCCAGACCAAGCUUUCAUCGUUGAAAGCUACCGCCCCAAGCCCAUCUACAGGUCCUUCCCAGGUGUCGACGGAAGUUACACGCCCCCCUGCGCGUCGCGCUACAACACUUUCAUCCCCUCAAAUUCCAAACCCCACAUCGAGGGCGGCCUCGACGCUGUCCAGUCGCGUGGUUUCCGGUCCCUCCUCCUUACCUCGACCAAAAACACCAGAGCGGAGAAUAGCACCAACUCCGGUCUUUAA